UUAACAAAUGUAACAAUAAAUUUUAAUAAAAAGUUUAGUUGUGCUUUAUUACCAUUUGUAGAAAUACUUAGAUUUGGUGAUUCUUUCAAACAAACAUUCAGCAAUUUCACAUUCUCAAUUAAAUCAUUGGAUUUAGGUUUACAUUUCAAUCAACCACUUAAUAAAGGCGAUAUACCAUCUUCGGUUGAGAUAUUAGAAUUUGGUGGUCAAUUCAAUCAGCCAUUAAAGGAAGGAGAUAUACCUGAGUCAGUUUCAACAUUAAUACUCGGUUAUGAAUUCAAUCAACCUCUUUGCGAAGGCUCCAUACCGUCUUCAGUUACAUCAUUGACAUUUGGUAAAAAAUUCAAUCAAUUGCUUAAUGAAAGAGAUAUACCCGAGUCAGUAACAGAGUUAACAUUUGGCUACAGUUUUGACCAACCACUUUACAAAGGAGAUAUACCGUCCUCUGUUACCGCAUUAACAUUUGGUUACAGUUUUGACGGGCCACUUAACGAAGGAUCUAUACCAUCCUCUGUAGAGAAAUUAACGUUUGGCGAAAGAUACAAUAGACCACUUAAAGAAGGCGAUAUACCACUCUCAGUUAAAACCCUAACAUUUGAUCGCUGCUUCAAUCAACCAAUCAAACAAGGCGAUAUACCAUCAUCAAUAGAGAUUUUAACUUUUGGUUAUGAAUUCAAUCAACCUCUAAAAGGAUCAAUUCCUUCAUCCGUUUCAACCCUAAUACUAGGAGGAAAAUUCAACCAACCAAUUAAAAAAGGAGAUAUACCGCAAACAGUAAAGAUAUUAGAAUUUGGAAUUUUUUUCGAUCAACCACUAAGUGAAGGAUCCAUACCCCAUUCAGUUUCAACACUAAUAUUUGGUUAUAAAUUCAAU